CGGCAGGCGCGGCUGUGCGGCAGCGGAAGUCCUUUGUUGCAGCGCAGUCCCUGGCACAGCCGGAGUGUCUCGGCGCAGCCCAGCCGAGCGCCGCGCGCCGUCAACUGCAGCCCGCGGCCCCUCGCCUCCGCCGGCCCGCACGAUCACCCCGCGGCCCCGCCGCUCGAAACUCCCGAAAACCUCCGCAGCCGCGCGUCCCGCCGCGCCCGAAAGUGCUUUUCGCCUCCAGUGGUGGGCGCUUACAAGUAGAAGUUCUGGGAGAGGCGGUGAGCGAGUUGGGUGGCGAUCGGGAGUCCUUGCGGCUGGAGCGUGCCGGCGUGGGUCUGAGCUCAGCUGCCGCUCCCCGGCAGCCUCUCCACCUGAGCCUCGCGUCCACGUGAUCGGAGGGCUUGACAAGACACUUUCCAACUCCGGACGCGUCAGGAGCAGGUCUGAUUACUAGAAGAUGGCGAAGGCCAGCCACAGCAGCUAUGUCCUUCAGCAGCUCAACAACCAGAGAGAGUGGGGUUUCCUCUGCGACUGCUGCAUUGCUAUCGACGACAUUUACUUCCAGGCACACAAAGCGGUCUUGGCUGCCUGCAGCUCCUAUUUUAGAAUGUUCUUCAUGAACCAUCAGCACAGUACUGCACAGCUGAAUCUCAGCAACAUGAAAAUAAGCGCUGAGUGUUUUGAUCUCAUUUUGCAGUUCAUGUAUUUAGGAAAGAUUAUGACUGCUCCUUCCAGUUUCGAGCAGUUCAAGGUGGCAAUGAACUACCUACAGCUGUACAACGUUCCUGACUGCUUAGAAGACAUACAGGACGCAGACUGUUCUAGUUCAAAGUGUUCGUCUUCUGCUUCAAGCAAACAGAACAGCAAGAUGAUCUUUGGGGUGAGGAUGUAUGAAGAUACGGUGGCUAGGAAUGGCACCGAAGCCAGCAGGUGGUGUGCAGAGCCCAGCUCAACGGUCAAUACACCACAUAACAGAGAGCCCGACGAAGAAUCUUUACAGUUAGCCAGUUUUCCUGAGCCAAUAUUUGAUGUGUGUAAAAAAAGCUCUGUGUCCAAGUUAUCUACUCCAAAAGAACGUGUGUCACGACGCUUUGGGCGGAGUUUUACCUGUGAUAGUUGUGGGUUUGGCUUCAGCUGUGAGAAGUUACUAGACGAGCAUGUGCUGACCUGCACUAACAGACAUUCAUACCAAAGCACGGCGAGAGCUUACCACCGAAUAGUAGAUAUUAGAGAUGGCAAAGAUAGUAACAUCAAAGCGGAACUGGGUGAAAAGGAGUCUUCCAAAACAUUUUCCGCACAGACAGACAAAUACAGAGAAGACGCCAGCCAGGCGCCCGAUGAUUCAGCUUCGACCACUGCAGGCAGAAAAGGCACGGUGGAGUCUGGAAUGGUGGCUGGUGAAGACAAAAGUAGAGCCACCGAGACGAAAAGAAUUAUUAUCAAGAUGGAGCCGGAAGAUAUCCCUACAGAUGAGAUGAAAGACUUCAACAUCAUUAAAGUUGCUGACAAAGACUGCAAUGAAUCCACGGACAAUGAUGACUUAGAAGAUGAACCUGAAGAGCCGUUUUAUCGAUACUAUGUUGAGGAAGAUGUCGGCAUUAAAAAGAGUGGAAGGAAAACCCUAAAGCCUCGGAUGUCCGUAAGUGUGGAUGAAAGAAGUGGUUUAGAAGGUAUGAGACCCCCCACCAAUAGCAGUCCAGGGCAAGAGGAUGCUGACAAUGCCUCUUGUGAGUUGUGUGGGCUCCCAAUAACCGAGGAAGACCUGUCAUCUCAUUACUUAGCCAAACACAUCGAAAACAUCUGCGCAUGUGGUAAAUGUGGACAAAUACUUGUCAAGGGCAGACAGCUUCAGGAACACGCUCAGAGAUGUGGAGAACCUCAGGAUCUGACGAUGAACGGGCUGGGAAAUGCCGACGAGAAGAUGGACAUGGACGAGAACCCUGACGAGCAGUCUGAGAUAAGAGACAUGUUUGAAAUGCUAGACGAUUUCAGGGACAACCAUUACCAAAUAAACAGUAUCCAGAAGAAGCAGCUAUUUAAACACUCUGCUUGUCCUUUUCGGUGUCCCAAUUGUGGCCAGCGUUUCGAAACUGAAAACUUAGUGGUCGAGCAUAUGUCUAGCUGCCUAGACCAGGAUAUGUUUAAGAGUGCCAUCAUGGAAGAAAAUGAAAGAGAUCACAGACGAAAACAUUUUUGUAAUCUGUGUGGAAAAGGAUUUUAUCAGCGCUGUCAUUUGAGAGAACACUAUACUGUUCAUACUAAGGAAAAGCAGUUUGUGUGUCAGACAUGUGGAAAGCAGUUUUUAAGAGAGCGGCAGUUGCGUCUGCACAAUGACAUGCACAAAGGCAUGGCCAGGUAUGUCUGUUCCAUUUGUGAUCAAGGAAACUUCCGAAAACAUGACCAUGUACGGCAUAUGAUUUCCCACUUAUCUGCUGGCGAGACUAUAUGCCAGGUCUGCUUUCAGAUAUUCCCAAAUAAUGAGCAACUGGAGCAGCAUAUGGAUGUUCAUCUCUAUACGUGUGGAAUAUGUGGAGCAAAGUUUAAUUUGAGGAAGGAUAUGAGAUCACAUUAUAAUGCCAAGCAUUUGAAAAGAACCUGAGGGGCUUCCUACUGUACGAAUGUUUAGCUGAUAGGCAGGACACCAAAGUGAAAAGGAGAUGAGCUAUUUAGACACUGAUUUUACAAGAAGUGUUGGGGAAACUUUUCAUGGCCCUUUUACUUUAGCAUUUUUGUUUAGGACCUUAAGUAUAUUUUAGGCAUUAAAUGUUAUCAUUUUUGAUGUUUCUAAGAGCAUUCUUUGUUCGUAGUUUUCUUAACUACCAUUAAAGUUACUUUUCAAUGUAGACUGUAAGUGGCUAUUAUCCCUUCAAUGACUAUUAAACUAGUAUUUUUUUUUAACCAAUAAGGUAAUGAUUUCACUAUUUCUAUGUACUUUGAUUUUAAGUUUAUUCUAUGAAAUUUUAAACCCUAGAUCAUUGACCAUUCCUACUUAAAUUUUUAAAAGAAUUUUUACAUAAUUAUUUAAAAACUAUCCUAUUCAUUUUUAGCUUCUUUUUUGGCUUUGCUUUUUGGGGUUUUUUGUUUUUGCCUUUUUGUCUUUUUGUCAGUUGUAUAGUGGGGUGUCUACUGUUCAUUCUCCCUUAUCAAUGAAAUCCAUAUUCUUAAAUUGACAAGCUUAGGCAAGUGAGGUGCACUGAAUCUAACCUUUAAGGUGGACAUGGGCUCAAUCCUGGCCUAAGAUUGAUGGACCUAAGGAAAUUCCUAUAAAUGAACAUUUCCAAUAAUUGAUAAAAUAUUAUCAUUUAAUAAUCACAUUUAAAACUUAUAUUAAGUGUAAAUCCCAAUGACUUUUCCUCACUUGAGAAAUUAGUGGGGAUAAGCCAUUUCAUUUUGUGAUACUGAAUUUAACUAUGAUAGUUAAUUAAAAAGACAUCUUGUAUUCAUUAAAAUAUUUUAAUUUAAAAAUAUUCUGAUUUCUAAAGUGUGUUAGUUUAUCAAUUAUUUUGUUUUUAAAUAAGACUUUAAUAGCUCUUUAGGAAUAUGACAUUUAAGGAAAAAUUAUUUUUCAUUUUUAAAAUUACUUUGGAACUGAGAUUUGAAAAAGCUGCCAUGUAUGUUGAUAAAUCUAAUAAAAUAAAGAAAUCAACUAUAUAUCUGGUUGUUCUAUAAAAGUAGAGUGCACAAAGGUGUGUCGUGUUUUACACUAAGAUUUGGAGGAAGUGUGUUGUGGCAAAUUGCAGUUUAUCACUAUGCUUUAUAUAUCAUCUGUAAAAGAUACAAGAUUGAGGACUAUUAACUAAUCACAGCAUAUAACUGGAAGCAGUGUACUGUCAAGUGACGCAGUCAUACUGUCGGUUGCUGACAGGGUCUAUAACCAUCAGUUACAUGUGAGCUAAAACACUGGCGAAACAACCCACCAAUAAACACAUCUAGAGACUAAGUGCCUUUUAACGUGAGUUACUUGAAACACCCUUCUUAGAUUAAAAGAGAUUAAAAGUAUGGCUCUGAUUUGUGGAUAGUAAUUUGAAAGCAUUGCUCUUCUUGCUCUCGAUAUUUUUAAGGCACGCAAAUCAUAUUUUUACAUGCUAUUUGCAUAAAAGCACAAGUUGCCAAGAGAACUGAGAGACGUGUUGGCUAGGACAGGGUUAGCUGAAAGUACUUGAGCACGGAGUGCGUACAAAUCGGUGGCGUGUGUUGAAGUAUUAGGACAGGAGGGUACGCAAGCCAAGCCGGUUGAAACCUGAUCUUGGUAAGAGAGACACAAAAACAUAAGGAGAUCGUGGGAAUUAGUUAAUGGGAAAAGCUGAAAGGUCACUCAUUUUAAAAUCUCUUAGAUCUAAUAGUUUAACAAGUACUUAAAACUGACAAGAAAAUAUAAGAUGUGUACCUGGAUUACUGGGAAACACCUGACAAGUGUUCUCACAAAACCAGACAUUAAAGAGCAGUGUAAAGGAAGGGAAGACAAA